GACACCUGUAAUCUGUAAUCUGCAUUCUGCAUGUAUAUUUUUAUUUCAGAUAAUUGACAAUUUAGGUUAGCCUCGGAGUUCGGACCGGAUUAUAUUAAUUUAGAACUUAAAUUAUGUAUUUAGGAGGAAUAAGUGAUCUUUAACAUAAGAUCAUCAUGGCGCUCCUAGGAGCUCAACUCGUUAUAACACUUAUAAUGGUUUCAAUCAUACAAAAGCUUGGCAAUUAUUCCUUUGCAAGAUGGUUAUUAUGUUCGCAAGGUUUAUAUCGAUACCUGUAUCCUGAUAAUAGUGAAUUAAAGAGUUUGGCGGGAGUUCCAAAAGAAAGACCGAAAGUCAAAAAGGGUGGAAAAAAUGAAUUAAAUGGAAAACCUGAAACAUUUCAUAUUCCUAGAAGCUUAGAUAUACAGUUGGAAACAGCUCCAGUAACAGCAUUAGACCUAGUACAUCUCCGGUUCUAUUCAGACUAUAUUUGGAUAGUGGAUUUUUCAUUAUAUUCUAGCAUAGUAUAUAUAAUAUCGGAGAUUUAUACCUGGAUAUUUCACCUUAAAGAUGAAUUUAAUCUGAGUAUGGUGUGGUGCCUCUUGGUGGUCCUCUUUUCAUUUAAAAUAUUACUCUCACUGACUAAACAGUACUUCACUAGUGAUGAGUCUAUCAGUGAAAGAUCUAUUUGCAUUGUAGCUUUCUGUGUAUUCCUUCUUGUCGCUAUGAUGGUGCUGAUUGUGGAUGAGAGCAAUUUAGAGGUUGGUGUUGAUCCAGCUUAUGAUAGCUUUUAUGAAAAUGCAUCAAAAUUCCUGGAGAACCAAGGCCUAAGUUCUGUUGGUCCAGCAUCAAAACUAAUUUUAAAGUUAUCAUUGGCAAUUUGGGCUGCCUUUAUUGGUACUCUAUUUACAUUUCCUGGCUUGAGAGUUGCCAGAAUGAAUUGGGAUUCAAUAAGGUAUUAUGGGGAAAAUAAAGUAGCUGCUAUGCUUUUAAAUGUGAACUUUGCAAUGCCAUUUAUCCUCGCUCUUAUGUGGGUGAGACCUGUUACUCGGCACUAUUUAACUGUCCGUGUUUUCAGUGGCAUGACUGAACCACUUAUGACGUCGGCGCAAUUUGACUCCAUGCGUCUGAUUCUGGUUAUCAUCACAAUGGUACUCCGAGUAAUCCUGAUGCCGCGUCAGCUCCAGGCUUACUUAGAUAUGGCGCAGAGGAAACUUGACGCUCAGAAGAAAGAGGCUGGGCGUAUCACUAACAUAGAGCUGCAGAAGAAGAUAGCAUCAGUGUUCUACUACCUAUGCGUAGUGGCCCUCCAGUAUCUGUGCCCCGUGGUGAUGUGUGCCAACCUCGCACUGAUGUACAAAACACUGGGUGGGUUCACGUGGACUGGGACGGAGUUGGAACCGGUAGUGCGGACAAUGCCUACCGAUAUGGAGCAAUUUCAAAUGGCGUGGGAGAAUUUAAAGAUGAUAUUUACAACAGAGGUCUACCGUGGAGUACUAGGCUUCAGCACCUGGUGGUGCUGCUUCGCGUGGUUUAUCUCUACUUCACUCGGUGCCAUGUAUCAGAGUUACUUUAGAAUCUCAUGAGAUUUUAUAAACAAAGCUUGUUUUAUAAGUACGCUGUAGAAAAAUUUAUCCAAAAAAAAUAUUCAUAAAAAAUAAACUUUUUUAUCUUGGGUUAAAGAGAAUUGUAUAGACGACGUACUUUAACUUUUUAAACUAGACUGAAUUAUUUUUUAUGAAUAUAUUUAUAGUGUGUACAAUAAUGUGUCAUGUUUCUAUUAACUUCUUUGUUAAUGUAUUAAUGUUUGGCAGUGUUAUCUGUAACACAAGAAAAGCAUGGCUAAUCUAUUUGAAAUGACAAAAUCUCAUACAAAUUAGUUUUGUAAGUGAAGUGUUGUUUUUAUAUUUUAUUUAUUUUAAUAGUGUUGAGUUUUUGGGUAUGAUUUUAUGUUUGUUUAUUUACAUGCCUAAGCAUUGUGAGCUGGUUGACGUCAUCUAAAAAACGUAUUACACAAUGAUGUCUUUUAUUUAUAUUGUCUUUUUACUAUAUAAAGUUUAUUUGCUCUUCUGGGUUAUGUUUUGUUUUUGAAUACUAAUCAGUGAAUGUUUUUAAUGUAGAUAGCUGAUCAGUCUGGUUAUACAUACUCACAGAGAUGUUGCUGACUAAAAUCCUUCAGUAGAAUUAUAUAAAUGGUUAUAACCAUUUUGAAAUUGUAACAAAUUUUAUGUAUCAUACUUAAAGAAUGUUCUGUCCCAGAAUCAUGUCACAAGGAAUUUAAUCAGAAAAAACAAUACUUCAACAUGAAUUAAAUAGACUACAUUUAUUGACAUAUGAGAUUGAUCGCUUCAUCAGUAGGGCCUCUGGUUAAAGAUGAUCAUAGAAACACUAUCUCUUUUUUUACAUUCUAAUUAAAAAUAAAAUAUGAUGUUAAUGAAGACUGUAUCAUAGACUUAAAUAUGGGAUUGGUACCUUACCGCCAGUAUUAUUCUAAUGCAUGCUUUCAUCAACGUAUCGCUUUAAGUUAUACAAUUAAAUUUGUACUACUAUUAGACAUAGUUUAAAAUAUUUACACUGGAUUGUUUUCAAUAAAUUUUUUUAAUGUU